CGCUUCGCAUCUUCGACCGCAAAAUUUCUAAAGUUGAAAAAUAAAGAUUAUUUAGUUUAUUAUUUAUAUUAUAAACAUUAAGAAAUGGCGUCCCACUUAAGCACUAAAGACCGUCUACUAUCUCUAAUAGAUGAUAUAGAGCUAAUCGCGAAAGAGAUGAUAGAAGUUUCAAUAGCCCCAAAAUCUCAGAAGCUUUCAGCUGCAGAUCAUGCCCAGUUGACUGAUCUCUUACUUUCAAAAGACGCUGAACUAAAGAAGACUUUGGAACUAGCUGAAGAACAAGCCAAGAUACAGCAAAAGAUGAAUGAACUGAAGGCAGAAGUAGACAGUAAGGAUCAAGACAUCUACACACUACAGAGACAGCUGAAGGAAGCAGAGCAGAUCCUCGCCACGUCGCUGUACCAGGCGAGGCAGAAGCUUGCAUCUAUUGUCAAGUCACGGAAGAGGCCAGUGCCCUCUGAAGAGCUGGUCAAAUUUGCUCACAGAAUCAGUGCAUCCAACGCAGUUAGCGCCCCACUAUCGUGGCAGCCGGGGGACCCUCGGCGGCCGUACCCCACCGACCUGGAGAUGAGGCUUGGGAUGCUUGGCCGCCUCUGCGACUUGCCCCUCAACGGGCAUACACCUUCUACACUGAAUGAGCUGCACAGGAUCACCACUGGUGGAGUGGCGGCAUCAGCUGCGAGCCAGUUCACGUGGCACCCCUCAGGCGAGCUCCACAUGUCAGUAGGGGGCGGCAACUCGGUCGCCAUAGACGGACGCAGCAAGGAUGGGCCAGGGCAAGAAGAUGUCGAGGUCAUGUCCACUGACUCGAGUUCCAGCUCUAGCAGCGAUUCUCAGUGAAACGGGGUGUGUUGAGUGGGGCUGUGGGUAGUAGAAUGGCCCCGUGCCAACUUGUAGUGGUUGAGUGGUGGUAAUUUAAAGUUGGGUCUAAUUACUUAAUGUGUGUUCACAUAAGUUUUAAGAAUACUUACUGUAAGUGCAAAGACUUAAGUAAAUUCCCACUUUUAUAUCAUACGAAUCGAAACUUAAUUGCUUUGAAAUACUGGUACGGCGGCGUCUGAUGUGUACGGUUGAAGUUACAGUAAAUUGAAAAGGCUGUAUAUUAGUUGUUAUUGUAAUUUAAGUUAACAAGAUAGAUAUUAAGUUAGUCAUUUAAGAAAUGUAAAUAAAUAUUUGCUACGAAA